GCAUUUUGAACCUGCGUGUGAUAAAUGGGAAUGGUCAGCCAGUAGACACCUUGAUGCUGAAGUGGCCUGCAGUGGGCAACGAAUGGCACCUUGCCCUUCCAGUUCGAGUUUGCGCUACUGGGCUGAUUCUAGCUUUGCCGAAGGGUGCUCUGACGGACGAAGACUUAGAAGCAGGACAUGCAGCAGAUCCAGAUGCCUUGGUGGGUCCCAGUCACGAAGUCAGAGUGAGCUUGACCGAGACUCCAGAUGUCGAAGUGGAUGUCGUGUUGGUAGAAUUCGCAAUGGCCAUCAGACUCCAGCUCGAAAACAGGACAGCUCGAAGCCGGAGAGUGGUGAACGCGUUCACCGAACAGACCCGGGACCUUCAAAUGCCCAACAUUGCCGAGCUGGACGAACACAUGGUGGCUUGGCUCGAGACAGGGGCGCUGCGCACAGACGACUUUCAGACGGCAGCGGAAGGACCGCUCGAGGCAGAAGAUCGGGACAGUCGGUUGCUUCAGGAGAUCUCAAAGCUACAGACUAUGAUGGACCGCCGCUUGAGGCUCAUGGAGAACCAAAUCCACGACCUUCAAGACCGGCAACCCCGACCUGCAGACAAUCCGCCAAAGCCCAAAACUCAGCAGCAGCCAGGAGGCGCCUUGCCGCAAAAGAGCGGCGUGCGAGAAGAGGAAAUCUCCGAAGCUGUGGAGGCAGCAAGCCGCUACCUCAAGCCAAGGCCAAAAGCAAUGCCCGACCAGCCGGGAAGAACAUUGGAGACUUUUGUAGAUACCCCUCAGUUAGAAGAAGUCGACGCGGCCUCGGUAGACGACCUUAUGAAACUCUCCAUGCUCAAGCUGAUGAAGGACCUACAGCAGAAACAGACCAAAACCAAGUCGAAGAAGAAGCUGCCAGGACUCACCUUUUGGGAAGAUUCGGAGUCCAGUCAGGACGAAAGUGUAGGCUGGAGCUCAAGCAGCAAAGGAGGACGAGGUAUCGAAGCAGUAGAGAAGGUGAAGCAUGCCAUGAAGGGCCAUCCCGAGGCCUAUCAGGAAAGGAUGGAGCAACGCAUGUUGAAAGCUUGCGAUGCUACCGAAAUGACCCCCCUCCAUCCCUCUGCAGUUCGUGAAGGGAAGCCCCGUGGGGAAAUCGCGAACUGCGGGGUACUGAUGAUGGCAGCUCUAGAGCAGUUCCUGAUCGACGAAAGUUGGGUGGUGGCCAGCCGAUUGACUUGUACCGAGGAGCCUCCAUGGGGUCAUUGGGCGACUCAGGAUGUGGGCGCCAUCAGGCGUCAACUGGUGUACAAUCGACUGUCCGAAAGCACAUGGGUGGCGGCAGUGAUCAACCAGUUGAAGGAAGAAGAAUGGCUGACAAAGAAGCGGACGGGGCUCAAUGCCAAAGGGAACGGCAAGGGCAAGGACAAAGACAAGGACAAC